AAUCAUCCGUAAUUGUCAGCUUCAGAAGAUACAAGAACCAAUCCAAUACAACUCAAGGUAUACAUUCACCAAAUACUAUUGUGUGGGCUUCCCAGAACCACAAUCAUAUCCAGUUCUGAAUGUUGCCAAAGGCCCAAACAGAGAUGAUCUAUCAUAGGAUCAAUAUAGUUGGAGAUCUUAGGAAAUCCUUAAAUACUCUUAGAAGCAUAUCAAUAAGCAACUGAGGGUACAGGUACAAAACAAAAGAGGUACGGAGGAAACUGGCCACAGCGAAUGCUGUUAGAAGGUGCUACGUGGGCACUGAAAUAAAACAAAGGGGGAGUGUGUAAUACAGCUGAACAAAUUCAAAAUAAUUUACAUAGAUCAGCAGGAAACUAUGACUGAAGAUAUUGAAGCCUGGAUCAGAAAUGCAUGUGAACAGCUGGAUCAACCAAUGGAUGCUCAUCAAGCAGAAACUGGGGGACUGUCUCUGGUCAGCUAGCUAUGUAUAAGUGAAGACCUCCUGAGGGACAUUCUCAUGCCACAUUCUUCUCUAUAGGGAGAGGGAGCUGGGGAUGUCUAGACCCUCUUGGAGAAGUGCUUACAAUGGAAAGUGAUGAUAAACUUGAAGUGUUUUAUUGUAUACAAGAAAAAUGACCAAACCCAUGCUUUUUGUGUAUCUGCCAGCACCUGUGACUCCAGACAGCUGUCACAGGGAGAGACCUAAUAGGUACAAGAAAGUGAGACUGGCUCCUUGCUUCCUAAUAUACCUGAUGUUCUGGAUAUUGAAGUAAUGUAUGGUAAUGAUAUGGGAGUUAUCUUUGUGCAUACAGCACCUGAGGGAGCACGAGGGAGUUAAUGUAUUAGUGACAUAUUUUUAGCCAAAUCUGACCAUUUGUAAAGCUUAUUUUCCUCCUUUGCACACUGUUUGAACUAAUUCCAUCUAACACAGCCCUACAAGCCCUUUGCAGCCUACUUGUUUGGAUUCUGUCUUUUGUCUGAUCUUCCUAGCAGGACUCUCACACCAUUGGCCCCUCAGGUGGAAGACAUCCAGUAAGUCUUGAAACUAGAAAUGAUGAGGUAGGAUUCCUGAAAAUAGAGGGCUCCAUCUCCCAAGGAGGCAGGUUUGGGAGCCCUGGGCAGCCUGGCCUAGUACCAGAUAUGGAGGCUGGUGCUCCUGCCCUGUGACAAGGGGGUUGGAACUUGUUAAUUUUUGGGGUCCUUUCCAACCCAAGCCAUCCUGUGAUUCUAUAUGUCUUUUUGAAUAUUCCCCAAGUCUCUUGGCAAAAAGAGAAAGGCAGCUUUGGUGCUGGGGAGGCACGGAGGGAAGUUUGAUUUGUAAAUUCUGGGAGAUUGGAUGUCCUCAGGUAUUGGUUCUCCAUUAACGUACUUAGCAUUCAGCUCUUAAUAAGAAAUGAUGAUCACAAAAGAUACACAGCAACGAAAGAGCCUGCUCUGGGAUUCUGAGAUAGCACCCAGUGCCUAUGGAUGUGCUGCUAUUUGCUAGCUGCUGUGAUGAUAAUGUCAGUCAAGGGAUGUCAAAGUUCAAUUUGCAGGGGAAAUAAAGUAGAGCGUGCCUUCCCUAGUAAGGAAGCAGCAUUGGAUCUCAUCCAUAUACUCUAUCAUUCCUUUCCAUGUGCUGAUGUAACCCUUUUUUUUAAAAGCCAGCAACCCUCACUGGAUCAAUAAAUCCUGAUCAAUUGUUUUUCUCACUGAUUUAUCCAUGCAGGGUUGUUAGCUGAGCUGCUGUCAGAAAGUGGGAGAGAGUGUUCUGCCUGUUUACUGUAAAGAAAGCAAAGCAAGCAACCAGGAGGGGACGGGCAGCAGGAUAUUUACUGUCAAUACAGCUGGAGAGAGGCAGGAGAUAUAAGGAGAGAGGAACCGAGACUGAAGCCUGCAACCCAAAUGAAUGAUCAGAGUGUAAAAAUACCCACACCGUUUCCGAUGGAAAAUGUGUGGAUUGAAGUCAACAAAGGAUAACUGGCAGUGUUUGACAAAUGGUUUAAUGAAGGGCUAGAGAGGCAGGGAAGUACUUGUGGUGCACAGAAUGAUAAUGCUGUGCAUGAACCUACUCAGUCUGCAGUGCAACCUGAAAGGAUCUGCCGAGACAAAGCAGUAACUGGGACAUUUGUGGGUGUGCCUGCAUGCAAGACGUACCGUUUAAGAGUAAUCAUAGCAAAAAUAAUAAUGGUCAAGUUUAGAAAAUAAUAACUGGAGCUAAUUUUCCUAAGAAGUUGGGCUAUUCAGGCCAGAGGGGGGGAAAAAAAAAGCAUAUUUUCUUGCUUCUCUCUCCAUUUCUUCAUGCACAGAGGAAUUAGGUGGCUCUGAGCAGCUCUCUCUGAGUGUCCCUCCUGUUUCCAGAUGCAGGCGAACAAGUGAAGAGUGAAUUCACACUUUAGAGAACAGUGACGACCAUCUUGCCAUGAAACCAUUCACAGAUGAAGAAGUAGAAAUCUACAUCCAGAGCAAGGUGGAGCCACGCCAUUAUCUGGUCUCCAAAACGGUGGAGGAGGUGCAGAAAAUCAUCCAGCAACUGACCACAGAAAUCAGCUAUAAGGCCACACGAUUCCAGGCUAUCUCCAACUCUGGCAUUCACAAUGAGAAUAUUAAGGUCUUAGCACCGAGCCAAUUCCUCAUCACUGUCCCUCUACGUGGCCUAACUGGGUACAGGGAAAAGCAGGUCCGACACUGGCGUUAUUACACUGUGCACGGAGCCAAGCUACUCUCCUCUGUGCGGGACCCUGAGGAGCUGCAUCAAUGGCUCGAGGUGGAACAGUUCUCAAAAAGCCUUCAACAGUGGCACGAAACAGAUGUGAACAUUGAAGGUGACCUGGUUCCAGCCAAAGUCCUUAUCGUCUUCCGAGAGCUGGUGGAAAAGUCAAUUGUUUCCUGUAACCUCUCCAAUAAAGUGACAAUGUUGGAGAGCUUCAGCUCAGUGGUUCGAGUGGCUGUGGAAACAUCAGAAUUCCAGGUUGAGGUGGAGCUGGCUCCUACAGUGGAGAUUCCAACUUGCUGGCCUGAGAAAGCCCGGUGGCCUCGUUGCCUCAAGCGUUGGCCAUCUCAGGAAAAAGUUCAGUGCAUCAAGUCGCUUGGUUUUGACCUCUUGGCCCGCUCCAAUUAUCACUGGCAGCUGUGCUUCUCCCGUGCUGAGCAUAUACUCAUGGAAGGCCUCGACGAAGAUGGUGGCUGUCGCAUGAAAUGCUUCAGAGUCAUGAGGCAGAUGAAGGAGGACGUCUGGUGUGCUGGAAAUAAGCCCGUCAUCACAGCUUAUCAUCUUCAGACAGUGCUAUUCUGGACGUGCGAAAAAUACCCACGCACCAAGGAUUGGCGCUGCUUUCAUGAAGCCUUCCUGAGGCUGGUGCAGAAACUGCACAAGUGUGUGAGCCAGCACUUCCUCAAGCAUUACUUUGUCAAGAACACCAAUCUGCUCAAAUAUGCCAACACCAGCGACCUGGAUGUGGUGGCCAGCAAGCUCGCUGUCUUCCUAGAGAACCCCGUCUUCUGCUUGGACUAAGGCUGAAGAAAGCU